AUGAAAUCAAAAAAAAUCAAAUGUCAAACUGAAAUAGUGAAGCGUGAACGUGAAAUACAUGAACGUAUAAAUGAAACAUUGGAUCGUCAACUUGAAAUAAUAAAACGUACAAAUGAAUUGAAUAGACAGAUCAAAGAAGCAAAACAGCAACAAACACAUGAAGCUUACCAAAGAAAAACACAGAAGCUAGACAUCGAAUCCGAUUCAUCAUCAACUAAAAGACAUUAUAAUGUAUUUGCAUCUCAUGAUUACUUUUCUACAUCAUUAAAAUAUUUAAAUACAUCUUCAUAUUAUUUAAAAGAUAAGUUUAAUCCUCAUUGUACAUUUAUAUAUAAAAAUAUAAAUAUCGAUAUUAAUCAAGAAAAAUCAUGUUUACAAGAUUUUGUUGUUUGUCUUGGUAAUUUAAUAUCUCCAUAUGUUUCUUUAUCAACAAAUUCAAUGCUUGAAGAUAUAUUAUUAUAUUCGAAAAUUAUAUUGGCAGUACAACAUCGUAAAAACAUAUAUGGGUUUCUUAGUAAUUAUAUACACAUCAAAUUUUUUUAUGUGAAAAACAAAUUCAAUUCGGAUUCGUAUGAAAUUUUUCAAAGUCAAGAAUUAGAAAUGUUUACUUAUUCGUCUGAUGUAUUAUCGUCUAUGAAUACAUCAAUAACAACAACUGAAUAUACAAGAAAAUUAGAUGUUAAUAAACAUACAUGGAAAAUAUUUACAAAUUUUUUAACAAUGAAUAUUGACUUUUAUCAAUAUACAAGAUUAAAUAUAGGUCCUCAUGAUGAUUUACUUGCUGAUCGAUAUAUGAUAAUAAAAAAAUUAGGAAUUAGUUUAACAUCAAUGAUUUAUUUAUUUAAAAAAAAUGAAAAUAAUCAUUCAGUUGAAGAUUCACAAUAUUAUGUAAUGAAAAUAUUAAAAGAAAGUAAAUAUUCAGAAUGUUUUUUACAAGAAGUUAAAAUGACAAAAAAAUUAAAACAAUUUAAAAAUUUAAAUAAAUUUCAUUUAUUUUUUCAAGAUAUUCUAUAUCCAUUGUCUUCAGAAUCAUUAUCAUUGAUACAAUCGAAACAACUUAUUGAUAUAAUUCAUUAUUUGUAUGAUUGUCGUAUUGUUCAUCGUGAUGUACGUCCACAAAAUUUAAUGUCAGAUUGUGAUAGUAGUCAUAUAAAAUUAAUUGAUUUCGGUUUUGCAUUUGCAUUUAAUACGGAUAACAAGGGGGGCAGCAUAGAUAUGAUUGGUCCACUUGCAUUUGCUAGUGAACCAUUUUUAAAUUUCUAUUCAAAAUUAUUAAAAGGCCAAGAGUUCCCAUAUUAUUUCUAUGAACGAACUUUUGAUUUAAUAUGUGCCUUAAAUAUUAUAAUGGCUAUGAGUAAUGCUGAUAUCAAACGAACAAUUGAUUCAUUUAUAUAUUUACAAGAUGUUAACGAAUUAGUAUUAAAAUCAUUGCAAUUAUGGAAAGAUACUCGACGUACAAAUAAUCAUUAUUCAAAUUUAUUGAAUUUAAUAGAAAAGCUGGAUUCAUGGUAUCCAUUAGAUGAAUCAGAUGAAUCAUCAGUUUCUCAUGUUUCAAAAGAUCAAUCUGCAAUUUUUGACGUUAUAAAAGAUGAAAUAGAAAAACUUUUCAAUGUGUGA